AUGUAUAACUUUGCCCGCGGUGGCCGCCGGCCGAUCGUCCAGCGAUUCGACGAAUACUACCGAUGCUAUCCCAUGGUCAUGGCACCUGGUCCCGAGCGACCCGAUCUCAACUACGGUUCCAAGAUCUUCCUGCCGCCCUCCGCCCUCGACAAGGUCUCGAAGCUCCACGUACAAUGGCCGUUGCUCAUGGAGAUUAUAAAUGGCGAGAAGGGAAAGCACUCACACGCCGGUGUGUUGGAGUUCGUCGCGGAGGAGGGCAGAGCAUACCUCCCCCACUGGGUUCGUGCUCCUAUCCUCUCCUUGGCCCGCGCUGGCCGUAGCGGAGGUGGCGUUGUUAACAUGAUGCAAACCCUCUCGCUAGACGUCGGCGACAUGAUCCAGAUCAAGACAACUUCUCUCGAGCUUGCCAAGCUAGUCAAGCUGCAGCCCCAAUCGACCAACUUCCUCGAUAUCAGCGAUCCCAAGGCCGUGCUGGAGAAGGCAUUUAGGAACUUCGCCGCACUUACCAAGGGUGACGUUUUCAACUUUGAGUACAACGACGAGAUCUACCACGUGGCGGUCCUUGAGGUCAAGCCGGAGACGGACAAGAUGGGAGUUUGCCUGAUCGAAACCGAUGUCGAGGUCGACUUCGCGCCACCAGUUGGCUACGUCGAGCCAGAGAGACAACAGAGAGGCAGCGGAACCAGCACACCCAGAAGCGGCCGCGGUGGCCUCCCGGCCGGCGGUCUGCUUCACAGCCAAGGAUCCAUGGCCCAGUCCAUCAACUACGGCGCCAUCGCCCCCGGCACGGCAACGACCAACUCCAAAUUCUACGGCGAGGGCCAGAAGCUCAGCAAGAAGGGGAGCAAGGCGUCGACACCCAAGCCCGCGACUCCCGUGGCAGGCGCCUCAGCCAACCCGCCCGCUCUACCCAUCCCGCGCCGAAACAACAACGGCCCCAUGCCUCUCCGCCUUCCGCCCAACAAGCUCUUCUUCGGCUACGAGAUUAAGCCGGUCAAGACCGACGACGAUAAGAAGCGCGAGCUAGAGGAGCAGAAGCGGCCGCAUUUCGCGGGCCAGGGCCAGACACUCCGGGCCAAGCGCAAGGGCGAGGCCGAGGAGAAGGAAAAGGCUCCCGAGAAGAAGGGCCCUGCGGAGGGACGGAGAGUGGAUAGUCGCGGACCUAAGCCUCGCGGCAUCGAGUAA